AUGCAUCAUCAUACAAAAAAAACAAACUAUACAUUUAAAGGGAUAUUGAUAUUACUUCCAGUAAUACUUAUCUUAUGUAGUUUAAUGUAUUCUUUAUCUCAUGGUGAAAAUAGCACCAAACGAAUUGGAGAAACAUCGUCAUCAAUAUUACAAGAGUGUAAUCAUGAUUGUAAAUUCAUAUUUCCAUAUUCCGUACCAGAACAAGAAUCCAGAGCCAAUAUACACAUGAGAACACUUAUUCAAUUGGCUGAAUCUUUAGAUCGUAUUCUGGUGAUACCAAAUGUUGGCUCAUCGAGAUUCGCAGUAAAUUCGCCAUUACCUCCAACUUUCUAUUAUGAUUUUAAUUUAUUACAAAAAAUAUUUCCAAAUGCAAAAUUUGUCCCUCAAGAUGAAUAUAAAUUAUGGAUUGAAAAUCAACCAAAUCAUAAAAAAAUUAUUGCUGAACACAUUUUAUUAAAAGAAGUCAAAGAUAUCAAUGCCGUUUGGCUCACUAAAGGUGAUUAUGAAGAACUACAACAACAGCAAAAUCUACAAAAUGGUCUGUAUGAAAGUUUUACAAUUGUGAAAAAUUCUUCUUAUUAUAAAGAACGGAUGAAAUUUAUUGAUAAUAAUAAGAAGAUUUUAUACAAGUUAAACAUGAACAUAACAAAACUUAAAGAAGUUCGUAUUUACAAGGUAAAAGAAGUUGAAAAGUUUGGUGAAUUCGUGAUCGAAAAUUUGAAAUCUGAUUCACAAAUACUUUUGGUUGGUGUUAAUAUGGGAAGACAAAUGUUUCUAAACAUGUACGAACCAAUUCCUUACGCAGAGCAUAUAAGGAAUGAAGCUUUAAAAAUUGCCAAUCAGCUUAACUCAUCAUAUAUUGCAAUACAUUGGAGAAUGGAACUAGUAUUGCCAGAGAAUCUGCCAAAUUGCGCCAUAGAAUUGGUUAAAGAAAUACAACAAAUAAGAAAAGAUACUGGAAUAAAAAAUGUUUAUUUGGCAACUGAUUUUCCCAUAAUCUACGAGAAGAAUGGUAGUAUAAGUAUGAAUUCUAAGGAUAUUGGUAAUCAUGCUCAAUCUGGCACUUUUCAUCCUAUUACAUCCCAUCACAUUAAAGCAAUGAAGAUACUAAUUUCUGCAAUAAAAGACAUCAAAACUUGGAAAUCUUUAGAUGGUUUUGGAUAUUUGAAAUACAUCGGAAAAGAAGAGGAGAACAAAGAAAAUAUUUUAUUUAAGGAAUUACAAGGUGCAGGUGUACAAGGAAUAUUAGAUAAAUUAGUUUGUAUAAAUUCAAAUUAUUUCUUGAGUGGACCAAAUGGUUGCUGUAAAUCAUCUUCUUAUACAAGACAAAUUGAAGCUACAAGAAAACAAUUGUUGAUUGAAGGAAAUAAAAACAUAUUAAAUGAUGUUACAAGUGCUUCUGCGCUAAAAGACGAAAAUUUUAAGUAA